AGCAGAGUGGAGGGUGAAACAGAGAAUGCAUUCCCUACGGCGGGUUCGAGUGGGGCUUUGCGCGGUUUGAUUCAUCCAUCGAUGGCGGAGAAGGAGAAGGUGAAGUUGAAGCCUCGGCGACUGAAAGGUCACGACGACAGCACAACCUGCUGCAUUGCCUCCCGUCAACGCUCUCAUCUCAUCGUCACUUCCGGUGACGAUGGUCGUGUUUGCUGGUUUGACUUGCGAUGCCCUGAUGUGCCGCAACUGGUUAUGGAUGUUAGCGUGGAAUCCGUUUCAUCCCUCUGUUUCAACUCAGCGAUGGAAGAUAUGAUUUAUGUAUCCUCUGGAAAGGAAAUCAAGUGUUUUGAUGUGCGUCUGGCUGAGGCCAACUGGAAGCCAUUGGAGAAUUAUAACUACAACAAAGAGGAGAUAAACAAGGUUGUAUGCAACUCAAAGUCCUCAUUUCUUGCUGCAGCUGAUGAUAAUGGUGAGGUGAAGAUAAUUGACAUUCACCAGCAAUGCCUGUAUAAAACACUACGUGGUGGUCAUACAAGUAUAUGUAGCACUGUGGAAUUCCUUCCUUGGAGAUCUUGGGAAGUAAUCAGUGGAGGUCUUGAUUCGAUGCUCAUGUUGUGGGACUUCUCCAAAGGGCGCCCCUACAAAGUAGUGGAUUUUGGUAUAUUUUUUCAUAAUAGUGGUGUUGCCGGCCGGUGUGUCAAUCCCGCUUUUGUUCAUGCGAUAGCUGUUCCAGAAGUUGACAUGCUAGAUAAAUUAGACAAAAUAUGUGCUGUUGCAAGGGGCGAUGGAGCUAUUAAUGUGAUUAAUAUUGAAACAGAAAUGGGUGCUAUAAGGUCAAAAAGCUCUUCAAAUUCGCGAAAAGGAUCACAUUCCAGAUCCAAAGAUGGUAGCUCAUCUAGCAAUACAGAUGCAGAUCAAAGUGGAAAAAUGAGGUUGCAUUUGGAUUACACUUUGGGUGGCCAUACUGCAGCCGUUUCCAGCCUGGCGUUUUCAUUGUUUGGGGAGAGAGGGAAAUUCUUAAUAUCUGGAGGAAAUGAUAAAUUGGUGAAGAUAUGGAAUUGGUCCUGUCAUCCAGAUGCCGGGUUAAGUGACGACAACAAUACUAUCCUGCAUUUGAAUAUCGAUGUGCCCCGAAAAGUCAAUUGGCUGUGUACGACCUCAGCUGAUACAGACAACCUUGUUGUGUGUGACACAUCCAAAGUAGUAAAGAUCUAUUCGAUAACAUAGUUCAAAGCUUGGUGAUGGGUUGUCGGAACAAAUAUUCCCGGAGAGCAAUCAAAAUCCAAAAAGACAAUACGCAAUGUUGCCCUUAUUUUGAAGAUCGUGGUCCCUGACAGGAACCGUCCUAAAGACACAGGGUUUUAGUCUAGGUAUACCUGCCUUGCAAUUUUCUCCCCGAUUAAGUGACCUACAGAAACUGUUCAAUGAACUAACUAUACACGCUUAUUCACAUGGUAUGAUUAGGGCCAUGUUUACUUCCACUUUUCCAAUUUUCUAUGUUAUUUUUUCCUCUU